UUUUAAUUUUUUUUUUCACAGACCGGAUUUCCUCUUUUGGGUUUUUUGCUUUAUCUUGAAUUUCAAUUCCAACUGCUUCCGGCAUGCAUUUAUGGCAUUGUUAGAUAGAGAAAAGUAGAGAGAGUGUUUGAAAUUCAAGAAACAGACUGGCCUCAGUAAUUGCUUAUUCAAUUAUUCUGAUCUAUAAAUUACUAUGAGCAAUUUUCAUUUUUCUUCAUCACAGACUGAAUUUUUCUCUACCCUUUUUGCACAUCUUUCAAUUUUAUCACAAUCCCAAAAUUCUUCAAAUUCCAUUAAACCAACAGAAACCCACAAUUUUUUAUGCAAAAAUCAGUAACGGGUUUCUAGUUUUUGAGUUUGAUUCAUUGGAUUUUGUUAGGUUUUUUGUUGUUUCUUGAGAAAUGGACAUAUAUGUAGUAUUGUUGUUUUUUACUGCCGUCACUUGUUAUCUACUAUGGUUCACCGCCAUUUCCAAGUCAUUGAAAGGCCCACGUGUUUGGCCCGUGUUGGGCAGUCUCCCUGGCCUUAUCGAGAACUUCGAGCGGAUGCACGAGUGGAUUGCCGAUAACCUCCGCGCGUGCGGUGGCACAUACCAAACAUGUAUAUGUGCCAUACCAUUUUUGGCCAGGAAACAAGGUCCUGUGAUUGUCACUUGUGACCCUAAAAAUUUAGAGCACAUCUUGAAGACCCGGUUUGAUAAUUAUCCGAAAGGACCAACUUGGCAGGCCGUUUUUCAUGAUCUACUCGGCCAGGGGAUUUUCAAUUCAAAUGGUGAAACGUGGCUUGUUCAAAGAAAGACGGCUGCCCUCGAGUUCACGACAAGGACACUACAUCAAGCUAUGGGACGGUGGGUGAACCGGGCCAUCCAGAACCGGUUUUGUCCGAUUCUCAAGACAGCUCAACUCGAAGCCAAGCCGGUUGAUUUGCAAGAUCUAUUGCUUCGGCUCACUUUUGAUAACAUAUGUGGAUUGGCUUUUGGGACUGACCCAGAAACUCUCGCGCCGGAGAUGCCGGAUAAUAGCUUCGCCUCCGCAUUUGACCGGGCCACCGAGGCAUCAUUGCAGCGGUUCAUUUUUCCUGAAGUUAUAUGGAAGCUGAAGAAAUGGCUACGGCUGGGAAUGGAAGUCAGCUUGAGCCAGAGUCUCGAAAACGUGGACGAGUAUUUGUCCAACAUCAUCAAGACACGUAAACUCGAGCUGAUGAAUAAGCAAAAAGAUGCCAAUGCACAUGAUGACUUGCUAUCGAGAUUCAUGAAGAAAAAAGAAUCCUACUCAGACAAAUUCUUGCAACAGGUGGCACUCAAUUUCAUCCUAGCUGGACGGGACACGUCAUCGGUCGCACUGAGCUGGUUCUUUUGGUUGGUCAUGCAAAAUCCAAGGGUCGAAGAGAAAAUUCUACAUGAAAUAUGCACCGUUCUGAUCGAGACACGUGGGAUCAACAUAGAAUCUUGGGUUGAUGAUCCUUUAGUAUACGAAGAAGUUGAUCGCUUGGUAUACCUAAAAGCAACAUUAUCCGAAACACUCCGAUUGUACCCAUCGGUGCCUGAGGACUCCAAGCACGUUGUGGCGGAUGACACAUUGCCGGACGGUACAUUUGUCCCGGCAGGAUCAUCGGUUACAUAUUCGAUAUAUUCGGCUGGACGAAUGAAGUCCACGUGGGGUGAGGAUUGCCUAGAGUUCAAGCCAGAAAGAUGGUUAUCCCCUGAAAGCAAGAAGUUCACCAUGCAUGACUCUUGCAAGUAUGUCUCCUUCAAUACUGGCCCAAGAACAUGUUUAGGCAAGGACUUGGCCUACUUACAAAUGAAGUCGAUAGCGGCAGCGGUGCUGCUCCGCCACCGGCUGACGAUAGUUACCGGCCACAAAGUGGAGCAAAAGAUGUCAUUGACAUUGUUCAUGAAGUAUGGCCUCAAAGUGAAUGUGCAUCAAAGGGAUCUGACAUCUAUAGCAUCAAGUAUUAUGAAAGAAACACAAGCUGUCACUAAUAACGAAAAAUGUCGUAUAGGUGGUGAUGCUGGUGGCAUUGGCCGUGGGAUUGGUGUUGGUAUGGUGGUUGAAGUGAUCUAAGGCGGUACCUCUACUUUCCGAAAUGAAAAUUUAUGGGGAAAUAAAAAAGUCACGUGGAUUCUUGAUUAUGGCUCUGCUCUUCAAUAAUUUAAGCUACUCGUUCAUGGUCUGGAGGUACAAUAAUUCAUUAUGACAAGUAAGAAGGUUAGACAUGUAGAAGAUAAGAAUGGGGUUUUUAUGCCUCUUCUCUCUCUCUCUCUCUCUGACCCCUUGUUUUC